AAUUUUAGUGAAUAUUCUUCAAGUAAAAUGAUUUUUAAUCAGUUUUUCUCUCCAGCUAUGAAAGCUUUGAAAAUCAAAUUUCCCUGUCUGAAUUUUGUGUCACUCCACAAGUUCCAAACUAACACCAGUUCAGACUUGAUCAUUCAUUGCAUAACUCAUUGCUAUACAAGUAUGUAUAUGAAUAAAAGUAAAUACCCUUUUCUAUCACUGAUCUGAUGAUCUUCUUUUGACUGCAAUGCUAAAACAAAAAUUUUAAUGAAUUUGGUUAUUGAAAUUAAAGCAGCACUUACAGCGAUUAAUAUCAUAGCUUCUCUGGUGUUGCUUUAUAAGAAAAGCCCUUUAAGAAACUUUACAAAAAAAAAUGCUUUUUUUAUGAAAAAUACUGAAGCACUUUGGAGGAGAUCCAUGGCUUUGGAAAUUCCAUCACAGCAUAAAGAUUCGCCUUAGGAAAAGUUGAACAUUGCUAUUAUAUGAUCAUGGAAGCAUCAAAAGAUACUAAUGACCCAAGUAUAGACACUGCACCUGUAGCUGAACUUGAGAUAAAGAAAGGAAAUUCAAAUUUGAUGCCUUGUGCACUCGUUGUGAGUGAUUGGUCUGCCACACUUUCUUCAUGCCUCUUGCACUGUUUUGAUGAAGGGAAAUACUGUGAUCUCAUCAUAAAAUUCUCCAAUGAAAACUAUGUCAAGGUCCAUCGCGUGGUGCUAGAGUCUUGUUGCUCCCUGGCUCGUGUUGGCGUGACUACUACGACCGCUCCCCAUGUGGUUCACGCUCAUCCUCACGUCACUGCCGACCUUUUGUGUCCCCUCAUCAGGUUCCUCUACACCGGCGCCAUUACGUUGAACACGGAUCUUUUACGUCUGGCUCGCCUCAUCAAACUCACUCUGUUGCUUGAUUGCGUGCGCAAACUUGGGUCUUCGUACAGCACGUCAUUAGACUCCGACUUUGACGAAGCCAUAACUGGAGUAUAUAAUUCACUUGAAACCCCGUCACCUUUAUUGCACACUCAACGUGAACACUCUGAAAAUUGUGAUGCACUCUGCACUGAAGUUGAAGUUCCAUCGAGCGAUGCAGAGUCUUGCGAGACGUCCAACGCCAUCGUCGAGGAAAUUGAUGCAGUUGCUUCCAUGAGCGGAAAACGGUCAUCUGAUUCGACGGCUAAUUUUUCUUCCAAAAGUAUACCUAAUGUUACGUGUGAAAGUCAAUUUGACUGUACCUCUAGGGAAAGAGAGGUAAUGAAUGCGAAUAACUUGUUUUCUGAUACGUCGACGAAAGUAAACGGAAUGAACUCGUAUGGACCCACCCCAUCUUUGGAACCAAAAAAUACACAGGGUGGUCAACCAGGUUCACUUGUUGACGGCGACAUAACGCCGCAGACUUGUAAUCCGAAUUCGAAUGUGGAACACAGCGACAGGACCAUAGAUUGUCGUUCUAUCACUACGUCGCCAGUCAAUGCUGAACUCGAAUCCCAUACUCGCGAGAUUGAUUCGAGGGAAGUCAACAACGUUCGCAAUUCCGAAAGAAUAACAACGGAAAUGAUUUCAUCGUCGAAUACAUCCAAGGGUUCUUGUUCUUAUUCUUCCGAAAAUGAGGCUGACAUAAUGCAUUUUUCAAACAAAAUACUAAAUAGUUUGCCCGUCCAGUCCACUGUCUCUCAUCCUUCAAGUUCAGUCUCCAUAUUUCCAAACAUGCCAACAUCUGAACCGACGAUACCUGCAGUCAAUUCGCAUUCUGAUCGCGUUUCAAACACUGGUAUCAACUCACAAACUGAGUCAAUCGUGAAGAAUUCUCAGUCUUCGUGCGAAGCGGCAUUUGACGCUCUCCUGCGAGGCAAACUCACCAGCCCUCCAUCAACUAAGCCUACAUCUGCAGUCGGAAGUUCAAGCGUGCCAGCCUUCAGCGCCACCGUCAGGCAAGGAGGUAACUCGAGAGGAGCUUCUGCCUCAAAUAUCCUUCUGCUUCCGACCAACAGUCAAAUUCUGGAAAAAGUAAAUGCUGCUGCUAGACGUCGCGGCCGUGCUCUACACUCGGAUGUUCCGCGGCCAACACGCUUCCAUUUAGAUGACCUUGACGAAGUAUCAGCGUUCGAUCAAACAUCUUCUAGUAUCAGUUCGAAACCACCUGUGGCUCAGUUCUUCAAGGACUUUUCUAUGAAAGAUGAUGAAUUCUCGUCGCCAUCUGCUUCUAUCUUCCCAGAGACUUUUAACGAUGUGACCAAACAGACCGUUUCAAAUUACUACACGUCCAACGAUUCCAAAAAUACUUCAGCGCUCUUUCAUAGAUCGGUAAUUUCAACUUCUGGUGCGUCGCCCAUUAAAUCUUUGGUGACCACUAAAGACUCGGUAAUCGCAAACAAGGAAACUCAAGGUUGUCCGGCUGACCCCGGUGUAGAUAAUGGGGUUGAUGAUCAUUGUGUAAACAAAGAAAUGACAUGCGAGGAAGAGAAACCUUUGAAAAAAUAUAAAAGGUCAUAUCAAACAGAAGAAGUGUUGGAACUCAGUAAUGUAAAUUCUUCAAGCAAGACAUCUGUUAGAGAAAUUAGUGAAAUAACUAACGCUAGUAACGUGUCAGUCUCCAUUGCGUCAGAUACUAUAGCUGCUCCAACUGCAUCCACGUCUGCUUCAUCAAUACCUGCCACCGUACAAGUGCUAUCAGCACUCUCCAGCCCUCGGAAAGAAUUAAAAAAUUCUUUCAAUUGCUAUGAAAUCAAACCCCGUGAUAACCAAUCUUACGAAGUCGUCCCAUCAUCCGUGUCUGUGAAAAGUAAAUUCUCGCACACCGUUGAAGCCAGUCCGAGUGAACUGAACAACCAUACGAAGAUUAUAACGGAAGUUUUGAAGAAAUACCCGAACUUAGUCAAAGACAAGAAGAACGUAAAAUUGAGAAUCUUGAAGCAUAGCUUGGCGAAGAAGAGCCCAAGAGAUGCAACUGUCGCUCAUACAGUAGUUAGCUCUGGAGCCACCGCCACAUCUGUCAGACUUUCGACUCGUAAGGUGAAUUACGAGUGUUCUAAAUGUUCAUUACCAUUCACAUCAUUAUUUUCUUUGAAAACGCACAUCCUCAAAACUCACGAAGAACCAUCGGACGUGUUGGAACAAAGUGAGAAUAAUUUACAUCGAUUCUUAAGACAGCCUCGACUGUCCAGUAGCCAUGCAGAUCCCAAAACUUAUCAGAGAGAAGCUCAUCUCGCCGUGCAGAUGAAGUGCAAAAAGUGCGACUUUGAGGCGACGAAAGAGUCGGAUUUUACUGUUCACAUGCUUACACAUUUUACUGUUCACAAGUGUGGUCUCUGUGAUUUCGUCGGUUGUACCGAGGAUAUGCUGCGUCACCAUGCAAGCGUUCACAAACUCAACAGUUACGCGUGCAGUUCAUGUAGCGUGAGCUUUAAAUCUCUUGGAGCUUUGCAAGGCCACGUGCAGGCCAAAGUGUGUCAAAAGAAAAAAGUUGCAUCGUUUGCAUGUCCCAAUUGUACUGAAACUUUUUCAAAGUCUUACAAUUUGAAAGCACACUUAAAGGCGCGUCAUAAAACAAUAAAGUCAAAAAUAAAUACAACACAAACACCUACAUCUGAGAUCAAUAAGGACGUUUCAACAAACGAAAUCGUGACUUCUAGUUUUGCGGACCUAAACUUUGAUGCCAGGUACAUGAAGCAAAAUACUGAUGCAGGUACUCGGAUAAUUCCCAGUGACAUACAACAUGCGGCAACUGAUGGUUCAACGCUAGAAGAUGAUUCGUGUGCAUCUUCUUCGUUUGUUGUAGGUAAUGAAGUGAGGCAAGGAACUAUCAACUCGAACUCGAGCCUCAUCGAAAUCGUAGGAACUCCCACCGACUGUGUGAUGCCAGUCUUAACAAACCCGUUAGCCCCCGGAACCAUCAUCGAACUUUUACCAAUUUCAUCACAGCAUGAACACACUGCUCUCCAGUCAACGGCAUGGAUGUGUGUAUCUUAUGGACUAACUCCCAAUUCUUUCGCUACCCAGGCCCAUUCCCCGAACAUCCCAUUGAAGGAUGUACAGGUUUCGAACGUAGCUGACAACAGCGUAACAAACAAUACAUCAGGGAACGGUCAACCUAUGAGCCUGUGAAAACGGCCACUAUCAACGGACCGUGAACUUGUCUGAUUGAAACUUGGCUUCAAAUCGGAGCAAGAAGUUUACACGAGACCGAACUAUCAGAAGGUUCAAAUGUGAAGCUGCAAUUAAUGAAUAGCCUGUGAUAUUCAUUCCUAGCGACUUCUUAAAAGAAAAUAAUGCAAUAAUAUGUAUAUUUUUAUCGUUAGAGUACAAGGUGGUGGAAUAAAACAUGAUAACUAUGUAUGAUGAUAUGGAAAAAUAUAAAAUGGUUGUUACAUUUA